ACGGUCCCCAGUUUUAGAUGUGACGAAUCGCGUGACUGAUAUUGGUCAGCCAAGUUCUGUUGACAUCGCUGGUGAAAUUAGUAUUAGGUCGUUAUUCGAAUCUUUCAGGGAUUCAUUAGACCAACAUUAUGAUAGGCGAGAGCGUAUUGUCAAGGCGUCAAGGUUUAGAUCUAUAGAUAUCACAGCUUUGAGUAAAAGACUUAUUGGUCUUGCACACAGGGUUACUCAAAAACCGUUAAAGUCUAUUCUUCAAGAAGCAAAUGAGAAAAAAGAUGAAAUAACUCAACUUUUCAAAGAAAUUUCCCUUGAUUUGCAGGGCAUUAAUUAUUAUAGAUAUCACAAAAACAUUUCUCCCUCGAUUCAAGAAUAUAUUGAGGCAAUUUCAUUUUUGGAAUAUUUGCAAAAUGAUCGACUGAUUACAAAAGAACAAGUUGAAAAAGAUUUUACGGAUGAAACCGAAGACUAUGUAUUGGGCCUAGCUGAUCUAACAGGUGAAUUAAUGAGAUAUGCUAUUAAUAGUGUGGGAAAAGGAGAUCAUGAUCGAGUGAUCAAGGUUUGCCAAUUCUUACGUGAUAUAAAGACUGUUCGUCCAAGAUCUCCGUUAGGUCGAAAGGUGGAUACAAUACGCCAAAGUUUAUCAAAAGUUGAAGAUGCCUGUUAUGCCAUAACGAUUAGGGGUUCAGAAUAUCCCAAGGAAUUUUAUCAACACAUUGUUAGUGAACAUGCAAGAAGUUAUGAAUAUAUGGAAGAAGAAGAAAAAACUAUCAAACAAUUUUAUAUGGAUUGUAAAAAUGAAGAACAAGACCGAAUUGUCGAACGUAUGACAGAUAAAGGUCGUAAGGUUAUUAACCUUCAUGGUGGUCUUUCAAUGGCUGAACGUGAUGAAAUCAUGAGUGGAUUCCAUAAAG